AUUUGUUGACACCAAAAGUCGAUUAAUCGAAAUACAUAUGUGGCCCCCUGCUCAAGCUCACACGUGCACUUUGUUUUGAGCAUUACUACAAAAAUAAAUAUAAAAUGAAGCAGAAAACAACCAAAAAAGAAGAGCCAUUAUUGGAGGGAAGCAGUGAUACAAAUGAUGAAUUCGAGGACACCGAAGAAGAAAUGGGUGAAUCUUCGGAGGAAGAUGAGGAGCUAAACGAAAAUGAGCUGGAUGCCAGCGACACCGAGUCAGACGAAGAUGUUUCCGGGGAUGAUGAAUCGCCAGUAUCAAAAACGGAUUUAAUAAGAGAAAAUCUUCGCGAAAAAUAUAAAGCACUACAGGGAAAACAACUGUUUAUCCUUUUCCCACAAAAACUUCCCGAAUCCGAAGAAGAGCUGGAAGAAAUGGCAAAAAAGUUGUCCCCCUUAAUCACAAAGGUGCACAAGCCGCGGCAAAAACACGUUCGGUUUUGUCUGGUAGAGUUCAAUAGCAAAGACGAUCGUGAUACUGCGUGGAAUGAACUCAGACAGUCUAUUAAAAAUGGAGAUUUGCCAAAGUGUAAAGUAAAUAUACCACGAACAGAAAAUGACGAGUACAUAGAGCAGAUGGUUGAACGUAAAAUAAAAUCUGUGGAAAAUAAAAAAAGUAAAAACCGUCUAAAGAAGGCGAGUAAGAAAGCACAGUUCAAAAAGAUAUUCACACCGACCGUUGUUAUUUUUAAUCUCCCAAAAUCUGCAACCUUAGUGCAGAUACGUGAACUAUUUCCAAAUGCUGUCGACAUUCAAAUGAAAGCGGGAAAAGGUAAACAAAAUAAGGAUAAGACUAUCGCUUCCGUAACACUGCAUUCAACAAUGGAAGCUCGAAACGCUGUUAAACAAAAAUUAUCUAUGGAUGGCAAUCAAUUGGUUGUAAAGUUUGACAACCAAACAAUUAAGAAGAAGGCCAAAAAGCGUGGAUCCAAAAUGGUUGCGAACGAAAAGAGUUCAGAUGUACCACGCGAAGAGGAUGAACCGGCAAAGAAAAAAUCCAAAAAUGAAAAUAAUUCAGAGAAAAAACUAGAGAACAGAAAGAAAGUUAACAUUUCUAGUAAGGGGCAAAAGAAAAAUAAAUCCUAGUACAUAUAAUCACAAAAAAA